AUGAAUAAGGCAGGUAAAGUGCAAGCUGAUCCUGCACUUUCGACGACAAAAACUAUGCUACCAGUACAAGCUUAUGCAAUUGUUCGCAACAUUCCGAAGGCAUAUCAUGCAAGGCAUUUGCGGUGUUUCUUCUCAUAUUAUGUCGAAAGUGGACGAUUUCAUUGUUUCCAUUAUCGACAUCGACCCGAAAUACUUGCUGAUAAUGAUAUGAAUACUUUGACAACCUCUGAAGAAUAUAAACGUUUUUGCUGCGUUGUUUCAUUUAAAAAUGAACAAGAGCGAGCUGCAUGCAUCAGACACUAUCACUUGAAGUUCUGGGUUGAUGAGAAAGGACUUCAAAUGCCGUUGAAGUGCUUCAUUUUUCCUCUGAAAAGUUGCGAGAGAUUAGGUGAUAGCUGUCGAAUAUCACCAAAUUUAGAUUUUCGUUCCUUUAUUGAACUUAAACCACCAAGCCUUAUGCCUUUUGGAAACGUUGGUACUCCAACAAGCUUUUUUCUUGAACAGAUUCGCCUUUGUAAAUUACCGCCAAUGGUUCUUAGAAAAUUGGGUAUCCAGACAAAAAAACGAAGAGGCAAGUACGCUGCCGUCUGUUUUAAAUACAGUGGAAGUGAAGAAGCUACUGUUAUAGAUUGUGAAGAGGAGAAGAUUUCAUCCUCGUAUUCGAACCUCAAUUUAUGCACUCCAGAAGAAAUAGCUGACAAUAAAUUUAGACUGAGAAAUGUGGAUGAUAUAGAGUAUGACGGUGAUAGUUAUGAAGAGUGGGAACGUCAUGAAAUUCUUCACGACGAUGUAACGGAGCAAGAACGUAUCAAACCAAGAAAAUAUGAGAUAGAGCAGGAGGUGACAUGGGAGAAAGGAGGACCAGGUCUUGUUUGGUAUACGGACACAUUUUUUUGGAAAAAAUUAGAAGAUGGGACAGAUAACGAUUGGAAGUGGGCUGAUGAUUGGGAUGUUGAUUAUUCGAUUUAUUAUGAUCGAAAAGAGGGUGAUUUAGAUGCAAAGCAUUCAGUGGAAAUGAUGGAGGAUCAAAAGCUGAGAUCUGGUGAAGUUAAACAUUCAGUUUUCAAAAAGAAAACAAAGAAAAGGCAUUACGAAAGCAUUGAGAGGCCACUAUCUGCUGUUGAAUCUAUUGGAUUUGGUCAAUUUGAGACUCAUACAAAGGGAAUUGGCAGUAAAAUCAUGAAAAGCUGGGGUUGGUCUCCAGGUUUAGGUCUUGGUGCACACAAUUUGGGACGUCUCGAAACUGUUUCAGUGGAGAUGGAAGAAGGCUGUGCUCAAACUAGCAAUGAAAAAAAAGGUUUGGGAUACCGAGGUGAAAAGUUGCAGCGAACUGGUUUCUUUAAACCAAAGAACCAUACAAUCGCUACUAAGUAUGAUCAGUGGGAUUUUGUGGAUAAUAACAACUCAAUCAGUAAAGUCCUUAGAACAGAACCAAAUUUUAUGAAGUAUCGCUGA